AUGCGUUUCCUCACUACCAAACUCCCCCUCAUCAUCGCCGCCUCAGCUUCCCUCGUCGCUGCCCAAGAUGCCACCACCACCGCAACCGCCACCAGUACGAAGUGUGCUGCCCAGAACGACUGGGAUUGUAAAUGCCAAGGAAGUACAAAUGUUGUCAACUGCUACGACAACUGUCCCGAUGACCAAGAGCGUCUUGGCGCUCAACAAAUCCGCGAGCAAAAUUGCAUCGCUGCAAAAGCCUACGGCACGUUGACUACAACCGCUGGCAUGGCUACACCGUCUGCAUCUGCAUCUGCAUCUAGUUUUGCGGCGUCUAUGUCGGCGUCUUCGAGUGCGAUGGCUGAACCUACAGGGUCUAGAAGUGGUCUUGAGAGUAAUAAUGGGGGCAACAAGGCCACGCAGUCGUUGACAGGGUUGGAGGCUUCGGCUACACCUAAUGAGGGUGCGGCGACGGCGAGAGUAAAGGUUGUUGGGAGUUGGUUGGCGUUUUUGGGAUUGGCUUUGGGAGUCUUUGUAUAG